CCAACUGCGGGCUCCUUAGGCUUCCUCUCGACCCCCUUUUCUGCAAUUAGGCAUGUUCGUCGCCUCUGAUGGCUAACCUCUUCAUGCCCGGCAGAAGUACCGACUAAGUAGCUGGCCGCCUGAGGGGCCGUUUCCACUCCUCGCUCGCUACGUUGACUGGACCCUGGUCUUCCCCGGACCACGAUAAAUGGUUCCCCCCUUGUGCCUGGCUAACACACCCAAUUUGAACUGCCACUGGCAAUGCCGUGCGCGCUGACCACCUGCGCCUCUCACUCCUUACUCCCUAAUAAUGCCAUUCACAUGUCUGCCUCCCGUUCUCCUGUGCUAUUAACCCCUUAUACUCUGUUCCAGCACGGCUCAAGAGCACCAUACGCGUGAAGGAUCGCAGGCGAUUCGCAACAGCUCAUAAGGGAUCGUCCGUUUUACACUGUACCAGCCUUAUCGAUCAACCCACGCGAAGCCCACGUCCAGGCGCACUUCUCUACACCCAUCUUCCAACAAUUACGAGCACCCCUCAAAUCUCUACCCGCGUAAUGGCGGGCGCGCGCCGUGGUCAGGCCUUGGGUCUCGCCCUUGCGAUCGUUCUCAUUUACCUACUGUUCUUCUCUGGCUCCAACAGCGAUUUCCGCAAGCGGACCGAAGCAUCUCUGUCGAGUCGUCGCGGGGUUCUACGAGGGGGCUUGUCAGAUGCAGAUCUGACCGCGAAGACCAACAAAGAACUCCAAUUGGUACUGGACAAACAAAAGCAAUUCUAUGACUCGGUCCCUGGCGGGCCGUCGGACAAUGACGAAAUCAGUGUUGCCGGGAGGAAGCACAUGCCCAAGCCGAAAUACCCAGUCACAAGUGGUACGACCAGCAGCAAGGACGGCGGGGUUGAAGAGGCCACACUAAAGGGCAAUGGUAAGGUUGAGGAUGAGGGCGAGAGCAUGGCCAGGGAAGAGUUGCAGAGCAUCCUGACGAAGAGUCCUAUUGUCAUCUUUUCCAAGUCGUACUGUCCAUACUCCAAGCGCGCCAAAGCCCUCCUCCUUGAAACGUACACCAUCACUCCGGCGCCAUACGUUGUGGAACUUGACUUGAUGACCAAACGGAUUCCCAAACCACAUGCUGGGGACGAUGAUGAUGACGAUGACAAUACACCUGCCCCUACUCUCGGUCGCAAGGUUCAGGAUCUUCUAGCUUCGUUGACAGGACGAAGAACGGUGCCUAACAUCAUGAUUAACUCGCAGAGUCUGGGCGGAAGCGAUGAUAUUGCCCACUUGCAUUCAGAGGGACGGCUAGAGGAGGAAAUCAAAAAGAUGGGCGGCAAAAGAAUCGUCAGUGUCGAGAAGACUGAGCUGAAGCGCUAGCCUGCAACGUUCCUCCUGCGGCGAAUUGGUGAAAGAUCCGCCGCUACGAUGUGGUUUUGCCAUCAGAUUGCACACGCGCAGUCUCAACUCUCCAGGAUCGGCAUGAUAUGACCUGCCUGAUGUUAUACAUACGAGGAAUCUGCAAGGUCAUUAUUGUCCAAACUCCGCAAUGGAGGCGUCUGGUGAGUGGGAAGGAGGUUGUUCUUUCACCAUUGGGGCCAAUGCGAUUGUACUUUUGGGCUAUUGAGCUCCGGGUUUAUCCCAGCAGAGGAGACACGGAACUCAACGGGCAGAUAGCGAAGUCUGCAAUGGGUUGCGACGACACAGUUACGCACUUAACGAAGGCGAGAGGCACAGUCUGGAUCGCCCCUACGCCUUACUGGUGAUGGCAUCAGACUCCAAGAGCUGCAAGAUCUUCAUGGCAGACGAUUAUGAUUAUACAACCGUACGAUCUCUUUGUUGCUCUUUGGCCAGACCACAUCGAGCAGUGUCACGCCCUCUUGCUCCACCGGUCUGUUUUGCAUCACUGCUGCUCUCGAAUAGGGGGCUUUCUGGUAUGGUCCCGCGGCACCCUUUUUGGCGUUUCGAUCCACAAGGCCGGGGUUUGUUCUGGCUGUCCUACACCACCCAACAGCACAAUGCUGCCAAAGGGCAUACCUUAGGUAUAUAAUGGGGAGAUCCGUCCCCUCAGAUUCGAGAAAGCAGGCCGCUUCUCUACAAUAAAUGUACGAUACUCGUACACUACACUACAGUCUGGUACAGGACCUGGCAGUCACAGCACAUGCUGUGCCUAGCAAAGUAGAGUGAUAUUAUCGUGGACAAAACACAAGCCAUCAGCCACGCCUACCAGUACGGUAUUCAGAUACCUAGCCAUA